CUUAUUUUUCUUUGGAAAAAUUUGUGUUGGGAUGUAGUGCUCCCGUGGCUUAAUGGUUAUCGUCACACCUAACAUGCCGGGGGUUCGGGUUCGAUUCCCUCUGGUUGAUGUAAUUUUUCGUCAAACCAAGGAGCCAAAUUCUUAACUAUAUUUUAACUAGAAUAUAUUAACAUGUUUCCUUAAUUCUAUGGUUAAUAAAAUAGGAAACCGAUUACUCGCGGUCGACUCGAGAAGGGUAACACAUUUUCAUUAGGAAAAGGAUUAGAUGUAAGGAGAUUGUAACAAUGUUCACACUCAUACUCACAUUCUCAUUCACACUCACACUUCAGACUCAAUUCUUUAAAACUAUGCUUACAUCUAAUAUGUAUUACAAUUCAACAUAUUCUAAUGGAAGGGAACUGAUAGCUCCCAAUGAACGAAAAGGAGCGGCUCUAGGAACGUUAGUGCCAUUUAAGAAGAAGGAUCCGAAAUUAUAAUCAUUUGAUAUGCGAACAAAACCGGAAUGAAGCAUUUUCGCAUGUCAAUUAGAUUACAAUUAAAAUAAAAUCAAUAAUUAUACUUGCCACUCUCUCUGUGUAAUGAACACGGAAACUUUCUUCACGAUGAUCUAAUAUUCUAACAACAAACGAAGAAUUACCGGACAAAAUCAACGCAUCAAAACAACCAAUUCGCCGUGCACUUGAACAACCCAGCCAAUUAAUCUGCGGACAUCCCGUUCUCCCAUUCUGUUCUGCCUCAUCCCACCGCUGCUACCGAUCGUUUGUCACAACCGGCAACAAGAAUGAAACCAUCUCGUUCUGACAUACGUAACACUUCAUCAGUUUUCCCUUAUUUUCCAGCCCCCUUUCCACCACUAUCAUGAUCGUCAUCACACGUAACGAUCAUGCAUUGUGAUCGCGCACCAGCACCAGUAGUAGUAGUGUGCAUAUUAGAAAAUUUCAUCUCGCACGCCACAGUGGAUGACAGCGACGACAACGACUACGACAACGGCGGGAAGUACCUCUAAGGAAUGCGCGUGAAGAGAGGCCACAUGUGUGCACGCGAUCCUGCCGCUCAAGAUUGUCGCGCAACCCAACGCACGAUCUUUUGGUACUUUUGUUUUUGUCAUUCGCUUCAUGACGCCCGAUCCGUUAGGACGUGUUUUCCGAUUAGUCAUCUGGUUCUAUUUUUUGAACUUCUACUACUACACUAUACACAGUUUUCUUCCGCGAGUUCGCUUUUCCAUCAGAGCGCGCUUUGGCGGUGUCGUGUCGUUCAAGUUCUCGGUGAAGUUCGCGCUUGUUUUGUGAUGUGCUGAAAGGGCUUAGACCGCAAACAAACAUGUUCGUUACCGGCCAAGUGAAUGGUGCCCCCCAGUUUGACAUUUCCAAAAGUAUCGAUAUCAGUGUUCCAAUCGCGAACUUCAGCAACAUGUCGUUGCUAACCCCGACCACACCCGGCAAUCUGAAGGAUUCGGUGUAUUUCGGCGAAAGCUGCCCCAGCUCGAAACCAUAUUACGCUGAUAAACUCAAGUGUUCGUUUUCACCGGCUUCCUCGAGUCACUCCUCGUUCGAUGAUAACAACGGUGAGUUUGUGAAUGAGUUUUCCGGAAUGAUGAAAGGAGAUGCGGACACGUCCGAUGAAAUGUACACCAAUUACCACCAGCAGCCGUGCAUGAUGCAACAGAAAACAGAGGAUCUCUAUUUCAAAUUCGAUCCGGAAUACAUCGAGAAGCUUCAGUCGUCUGUGUGUAUGUCUCCAGCGACCACGAUUGCCACACCCCUAACCUGCAAUAGCGUUAUGAACUCGGAGUAUUACAAUUUCAACGAUAUCAACUGUCAGUCGAAAAAUCAGAGUCCGUGUUCUUCACCGCCGCUCGAUCCAUGGAUUACAUCAUCACUCUCGAUGAAUUUCGGCAACAGUCUUCCGGUCACGAAACCAUCCAAUUCCCCCAAGCACAGUAACGUGGAAGAAGCGCACCCGGCUCUGCAGCAAUUACCAUCGAUCAAGUCCGCCUUUGGUAACUCGAUCCAGUUUGAUGAUACCUCCAAGAACUACUCCCAGACAAGCUAUAUGAUUGAUUAUUUCGACACGAGUUUCCUCGAUCAGUUCAAUCAACACGUUGACGUCAGUAACAAUGCCGCGGCCGAGAGCACCCACAGUGGGGACGCCUACCAGCAUCUGGAAGAAAACUACAACAACAGCUCGGAGCUUGCGAAGAAACCAAAUCGUGAGUUCAAAGAUAUUUGGCACCAGAACCAGGAAUCCGAACCGCAGAUUUCCGUCAAGCAGGAAGCGCUGGAGGAGGAACUGGAUGAAGAGGAACUCGGCUCGGACCAACCGCUGGAGUGUCUCUGGAUGGAUUGCAAUCUGAAAUUUCCCGACCAGGGAACCCUGGUGGCACACAUCGAGAAGAAGCAUGUUGAGGUUAAGAAGGGAGAGGAGUUCGCCUGCUACUGGCUGGAGUGUCCACGACGGUAUCGUCCUUUCAACGCACGGUACAAGCUGCUGAUUCACAUGCGUGUCCACUCCGGGGAGAAACCCAAUAAGUGUCCGUUCUCCGGAUGCGAAAAAGCUUUCUCCCGAUUGGAAAACCUUAAAAUCCAUCAACGAUCACACACUGGGGAGCGGCCCUACAAUUGCCAGUACUUUGGAUGUACCAAAGCCUUCAGCAAUAGUUCGGACAGGGCGAAGCACCAGCGCACCCACUACGAUACGAAACCAUAUGCCUGCCAACUGCCGGGCUGUACCAAGCGUUACACCGAUCCUUCCAGUCUCCGGAAGCAUGUAAAAAACCACGCCUGUCGUUCGGAGGGGCAAGGACGCAGAAAAUCCCACAAAGAAGCCAGCGCAGUCAGCAGCAGCAGCUUAUCUCUAUCCACAGGUCCGAUGGGAUGCUCUCUGCGAAGGUACUCGGAGUCCUCCGUCGGUACCCACUACGAACCACCCCAGACACCCUCGGGAGACACGACGGAUAAUAUGUUCGAGUUCGACGAAGUGUUCGAGGAUGCUCCGACGCAGUGCUGCGUCGAUCAGGAUGUCUUCCCCGUGACAGAAUCGUUGGUUCCAGCGGGCAGUAUGCAGUUCAACGACAUGUCAAACUGCUUCAUGCGUUUGAUGCUGCCACAGGAGGCCCCGAACCAGGAGACCGGAAAGCCAUGCCAGGAUGAGUACGUCUCGUACGAAUGCGUGAAAAACCUCCUCGUCGACGGAGGAAACUACAUGGAGGAAUACCCUAUGGAGGACAGUGCCAUGGAUCCCGGAGCAGAUGCGAGCGCGAAAGUGAUCCCCUCGUUCGAGUAUGACUUUUUCAACAGUGUCGUUUGAGAUGCCAUUCCGCUAUGUGUAAAACGUUGUUCAAUGUAAGAUAUUCCAGCUGCCAAAGAGAAUCCCGUACAUAGGGCCUAGAGAUUAAUUGCUUUAAUUUGAGUAUCUUCCUAAACUGCAAGUUUUCGAAUAUUAUCUAAUAUAGUUGUCUAAUCGCUCGUUCGCAGCACGAUCAAAUCCAAUCCAAAGGAAAUUGCCAAAGAAAAAUCACAAGCUUCCAUUUUGAGUGGAAUAAUCCUCCAGUAUAUGAGUUAGUUAAGCCGUAUUGAUGUAUACCAUUUUUAAUACUGUUAUGCGAGACGUCCCAGGCUUGUUUUUUCCUUAUUCAAAAUCGCAAAUUCGCUCUGUUUUAUAGAUUUAACCAAAAAAGUUCAAAAAAAGCAUUUGUGAUCACGUUUUGUUUUCCUCUCGAAAAUGAGAUCGAUUCUGUGCCAUUCGGAAGCCGCUGUAACACAUAUGUUCUUGAAUAGAUUUUGUAUAUAUUUUUGGAAAAAAACAGAGACCGUUACUGUCCCACAGUCAAUGGGUUGUAUUAUUAUCGUUUCGGCACCCAUUUUAUCGUUUUUGAGAAAUAUAAUGAAAGCUGUACAAAUUGA